GUUUCAGUGUGAUCUUACCUGAAGAAUAUGGAGUAUGGUCUUCUGUCUGAGAUUUGAAUAUUUUACUUGUUAUCUGAAGUAUUGAUGUCAGUGUGACAAUGGAGGGUUCAGUUCAAAUGCCUGUGCUGUCUCUGAAGAUAGUGGCAAUCGUAUUAAUGAUAAGUGGUCUGACAAAAGCACAAACAGCUGCACUUACUACUACUGCAAACCCUGGUUAUGACCCGUGCAGUAACUAUACAGUCCUCAACCAGCCCUGGAGAGCUACUAAUGCAUCAUGGUAUUAUGUCUGUGAUCAAGACUUUGAGUGGAACGGCUGGUAUCGUCUUCUCUAUUAUGGGAUGAACAUACGCAUGCCAGAGCGCUGUAGUAGUGGAUGUUCCACUAAUAUUGCUCUAUGGAUAAACGGCUCACAUCCCCAGAUACAGGAUGGAAUAGUCACCCGUCAGAUCUGUGGUAAUUUUGGAGGAAUUUGCUGCUAUAGUUACUACAAUACCUUCAUUCGAGUCAAAGCGUGCCCAGGGAACUUUUAUGUCUAUGAAUUCAUCAAGACUGGGUAUUGUUAUUCAGCCUACUGUGCAGAUAUCUCCACACUAACUCCAGCCAACUUCUCAACAACCGGAGUCAUCCCCACAGAAACCAAUAUAACAACAGACUCCAGCUUUGACCCAUGCUAUAACUAUACUGCCCUGGACAACUACUGGAGAAAUACACAUAUAAACUACAGAGGACAUGAUGACACCCUUGUAGAAUGGAAGGGCUGGUAUCGACUGUAUCUUCAAGGACAAAGUGCUCAAAUGUCUGAGUGGUGUGUGACUUAUACAACAUGUGGUGGUUUUACUCCACUGCUGCUCGGAGGUUCACAUCCACAGAUUGGUGAUGGAAUUGUCACUCGUGAUGUAAUUGGAUCUCGCUGGUACUCCACAGGCAAUUACUACACGUCCAACCCCAUUCAAGUCAAGGCUUGCCCAGGAAAUUAUUACGUCUAUAAACUUGUUAAACCAGAUAUAUUAAUCCCUUUUCCUUCAUACUGUGCAGUUUCUUUUAGUAACUCCAGUGUAGACCCCUGCUACAGCUAUACUGCCCUGAAUGACACUUGGAGAAGCAGCACUGACUCCACCACAACUUCACAAUGUGAUGCAAAUGUGAACUGGGUGGGCUGGUAUCGGCUUUUCUAUCAGGGACAAAGUGCCAAGAUGCCAGAAUCAUGUGUCAGUCCAAACAUGUGUGGCACUUACAGCCCUCUUUGGCUCAAUGGCUCUCACCCACAUGUAGAAGACGGAGUGGUGGUUCGGCAAAUCUGUGGAAGCAGUGGCAAUGAUUGCUGCUUUUAUAAAUCCUUACCGAUUCAAGUGAAAGCUUGCCCAGGAAAUUACUAUGUGUACGAGUUUGUCAAACCAAAUUUCUGCAAUGCAGCCUAUUGCACAGAUACUAGCAACAUAACUGUCACCAGCGUACCUACAACUACCCCACAGACUGCACUCACUCACUAUUAUGACCCGUGCAAUACCUAUACAGUCCUGGAUCAGCCCUGGAGAGCUACAAAUGAAUCAGCAGAUAAUGUCUGUGAUCAAGACUUUGAGUGGAACAGCUGGUAUCGUCUUCUCUAUCAUGGGAUGAACAUUCGCAUGCCAGAGCGCUGUAGUUGGGGGUGUACCACCGCUGCUGCUCUGUGGCUAAAUGGCUCUCAUCCCCAGAUACAGGAUGGAAUAGUCACCCGUCAGAUCUGUGGUAAUGCUGGAGGAAGCUGCUGCUAUAGUUACUACAGUACAACCUCCAUUCGAGUCAAAGCGUGCCCAGGAAACUUUUAUGUCUAUGAAUUCAUCAAGCCUGUCUCAUGUAAUUUGGCUUACUGUGCAGAUAUCACCACAUUAACUUCAGCCAACUUCUCAACAAGUGGAGUCAUCCAAGAAACCAAUAUAACAACAGACUCCAGCUUUGACCCAUGCUAUAACUAUACUGCUUUGGACAACUACUGGAGAAAUACACGUAUCAACUACAGAGGACACGAUGACACCAUUGUAGAAUGGAAGGGCUGGUAUCGACUGUAUCUUCAAGGACAAAGUGCUCAAAUGCCUGAGUGGUGUGGGUAUUACACUACAUGUGGUGGUUUUACUCCGCUGGUGCUCAGAGGUUCACAUCCUCAGGUUGGUGAUGGAAUUGUCACUCGUGAAGUAACUGGAUCUCGCUGGCUCAUCAUAUGCAAUUACCACAAAUCCAACUCUAUUCAAGUCAAGGCUUGCCCAGGAAAUUAUUAUGUCUAUAAACUUGUUAAACCAGAUGUAUCAAUCCCUGUUCCUUCGUACUGUGCAGUUUCUUUCAGCAACUCCAGUGUAGACCCCUGCUACAGCUAUACUGCCCUGAAUGAUACAUGGAGAAGCAGCACUGGCUCAACCACAACCUCACAAUGUGAUGCAAAUGUGAACUGGGUGGGCUGGUAUCGGCUUUUCUAUCAGGGACAAAGUGCCAAGAUGCCAGAAUCAUGUGUCAGUCCAAACAGCUGUGGCACCAACACCCCACUGUGGCUCAAUGGCUCUCAUCCACGCCUAGAAGAUGGAGUGGUAGUCCGGCAAAUCUGCGGAAGCAAUUUCGGAGACUGCUGCUAUUUCAAGUCUUUUCCAAUUCAAGUGAAAGCUUGCCCAGGAAAUUACUAUGUGUACGAGUUUGUCAAACCAAACUUCUGCUCUGCAGCGUAUUGCACAGAUACUAGGAGCAUAACUGUUACCAGCACACCAACAACUACUCCACAGAAUCCUUCUAGGAUAUUCUUUCCUGUUCUACCUGGUGCUACUCAACAUUCUGUUACUAUUGAUGGAAGUUUUACACUGAUCCAGCUUGACCAUCCGUUCUUCUACUUUGGAAAACCACAUUCACAAUUAUAUCUCAGUAUGGAUGGUUUCCUGUCUUUUGAGCCCCUCAGCCCUGAUGGCUAUGACCCGUCUCUGAACAAAGACAUCAUCGCUCCACUGUGGACUGACAUUGACACUUACACCAGAGGAAACAUCUCCUAUGAGCAAGCCACCAGCGGUCUUCUUAUAAAACUAGCUACAGAAGAAAUUACUCUGAUGUUCCCUGGUAUUAAGUUCUCUGCUUCUUGGGUCUUGGUUGGCACUUGGGAGAAGGUGGAAUUUGAGCCUGAUGUGGGGGAGGUGACUUUCCAAGUAGUCUUGGUCUCUGACAGUGAAAACCGCUCUUAUGUCCUGAUGAACUAUGGGAACAUUCCUACUACUCUACAAAGCUGGAUGGCUGGUUAUAAGACAGAGAACAACACCCAUAAUUUCACCAUUCAGGCACCCAGUACCUCUUACCUACUUACAACUACUAAUGUUGGAAUACCUGGUCGCUGGGCUUUCCGUGUUGACGGUGCAGUUUCAGCUCCAUCUACGUUGUUCUUUCCCAUGCUGCCUGGUGCUGUUCAACAUGCUUUUACUUCUAAUGGAAAUUAUACGCUUAUCCAGCUCCAGCUCGCCCUUCCUUUCCUGUAUUUUGGAAAACAACAUUCACAAAUAUAUCUCAGUAUGGAUGGUUUCCUGUCUUUUGAGCCCCUCUACCCUAAUGGCUAUGAUCUAAACCUGAACAAAGACAUCAUCGCUCCACUGUGGACUGACAUUUACUCUUACACCAGAGGAAACAUCUCUUAUGAGCAAGCCACAAAUGGGUCUUUGAUUGAACUAGCCACAAAUGAAAUGAACAGGAUGUUCCCUGGGUUGAACUUCUCUGCUUCCUGGGUCUUGGUUGGCACUUGGGAGAAGAUGGAAUCAGAACCUAAUGAGGUGACUUUCCAAGUCGUCCUGAUCUCUGACAGCAAAAACCGCUCUUAUGUCCUGAUGAACUAUGGAUCCAUCCCUCCUGAUCCACUAUCAUGGAUGGCAGGCUAUAUGACUGAGAACCACACACAUUAUUUCAGCAUUGAGGCACCCAGUACCUCUAACCUGUCUUCUACUACUAAUGUUGGUAUACCUGGUCGCUGGGCUUUCCGUGUUGAUGGUGCAGUCUCUUUGCCACCAGCACAGUUCUAUCCAUUUGGUUCGGGAGCAGGAGACACUGUUAAUCCCCGCAGUGAUGAUGGAAGCUCACCUGCUAUAAACUUAUGGAGUCCAUUCUCUCUGUACAGACGCACAUACACUAAGCUAUAUGUCAACAACAAUGGACACCUGACGUUUGAUCAGCUGUGGGACAGCUAUUCACCCACUCAGUUCAGUGCCUAUACUGGAAGAGAUCUCAUCGCUCCUUUCUGGACUGAUAUCGAUAAUCGUGGAACCGGCAUUAUCUCAUAUAAUCAGUACACUUAUGGCAGUGUGCUCUCACAGGCCACACGGGACAUAAACCAGUACUUUCCAGGAGUGAACUUCACUGCCUCUUGGGUCUUUGUUGCAACAUGGGAUAAAGUGGCGUACUACAGCUACUCAGGCACGGAAACAUCGUUUCAAGUGGUUUUGAUUUCUGGUGGCAAUUUUUCCUUUGUGCUGAUGAAUUAUGGUGACAUUGCUCCAACAAACUACAGAGUGGAGGCUGGAUAUGACACAAACCUCACUGACUACUUUGUAAUUAUGUGGUCAGACAACAAGUCGACCAUUCUCAAUCUCAAGUUCUUGAGUAACGUCAACGUGCCAGGACGCUGGGCCUUCCUGGUAAACCAACCUAGUGAUGCUAUCACAAGAGACCAUGUUCUAGCAGCGCGACUGAAAGUCCUGACAAGCUAUAACCUGACAGACACCAACAACCACAUGAUCAUUUUGCAGAAUCUUCAGGAUGAACUGAGGAGGAGAGGUGUGGCAUCCACUGUAAGAAUGAAAGUGAAACGCAUUCAGAAGAAAAGUCCAUGAUUGUUGAUUCUGUGAGCCCAAAGAAUCUGGUUAUACUUCUCUGUGGGAUAAAUUCUCAGAAUAUAUUUGCUUAAUUAAUUAAUGAUAUUGUGGUAUUUUGGCAUGUAAUACUGUACCCUUUCUUGAAACUACUAACUAAAAUGUAGUAUUGAUUAAACUGCAUUAUUCUACAUUGCAGAAACAAACUGUGUAAAAGAACAACAUAUUUAGACUUUAGUCCGUUUUAAAAUUUAAAAUGAAUUAUAUACAAACUGUGCUUUUGAUUAGGCACAAAUGAUGCAGGGUUGUAGAUUUUUAGCCUGAGGUUGGAGUUUCUACAAUUAGCUUUCUACAGUUUUCUCUUUUCUUUAAGUCUUAAGAACUGUAUUCACUUCUAUGGCAGAUAGUUGUACAUGACUGCCUACUAGGGGUGUAAAUAUGCAUCAUGGGAUUGUGAAAUCACAAUGUAAACUGUGACAGUUUAAACGCCAACGUUUGCCAUCGUUCAGCACCAACUACAACCUCACUCCAGCAGUCCUCCUGCCUCCCAGCUCUACUGUCAUUACUAAGCUGUGCAAGAACAUUAUAGUCAAUUUUCUUCAUUUGAAUUUUACAU